UCCGGUCCCGCCCCUCCAAGCGGAAGCGGUGCACGGGGCUGCUCACGCCGGCCUGGUGACCGGGGCUUGGGCCCGCUGAUCCACUGAUAACGCGGCCCGGAACCCUCCGGUGCAUGGAUCCCACGUGCGAGGAGAGGGCCACGGAGGAUAGGAGCGACGAGGAGGACUCCGACUCCGCGGAAGCCCCGGCGCGGGUCCGGGACACCCCUGAGGACAUCGUUCUGGAAGCGCCGGCUAGUGGGCUGGCGUUCCACCCGUCCCGCGAGCUCCUGGCGGCGGGGGACGUGGACGGGGACGUGUUCGUCUUUUCCUACUCCUGUCAAGAGGGAGAAACCAAGGAGCUCUGGUCCUCUGGUCACCACCUCAAGUCCUGCCGAGCCGUGACCUUCUCUGAAGAUGGGCAGAAACUUGUUACGGUCUCCAAGGACAAAGCCAUUCACGUUCUCGAUGUGGAGCAGGGCCGACUGGAAAGACGCAUUUCCAAGGCUCAUGGCGCCCCUAUCAACAGUCUGCUGCUAGUGGAUAUGAAUGUUCUGGCCACCGGGGAUGACACCGGUGGCAUUCGGCUCUGGGACCAGCGGAAGGAAGGCCCCUUAAUGGACAUGCGGCAACACGAGGAGUACAUUGCUGACAUGGCUCUGGACCCAGCCAAGAAGCUGCUGCUGACAGCCAGUGGAGACGGCUGCCUUGGUGUCUUCAAUAUUAAGCGACGCCGGUUUGAGCUGCUUUCAGAACCUCAGUCUGGAGACCUGACCUCGGUCACAAUCAUGAAAUGUGGGAGGAAGGUGGCCUGUGGCUCCAGUGAAGGCACCAUCUAUCUCUUCAACUGGAAUGGCUUUGGGGCCACAAGCGACCGCUUUGCCCUGAGAGCCGAGUCCAUUGAUUGCAUGGUUCCGGUCACUGACAGUCUGCUGUGCACGGGGUCCACGGAUGGAGUCAUCAGGGCUGUGAACAUCCUGCCGAACCGAGUGGUGGGCACGGUGGGCCAGCAUGCCGGGGAGCCCGUGGAGCAGCUGGCCCUCUCCCACUGCGGCCGCUUCCUGGCCAGCAGUGGCCAUGACCAGUGCCUCAAAUUCUGGGACAUGGCCCAGCUGCGGGCUGUGGUGGUGGAUGAUUACCGUCGGCGCAAAAAAAAGGGAGGGCCCCUUCGGGCACUGAGUAGCAAGGCUUGGAGCACCGAUGACUUCUUUGCAGGACUGAGGGAAGAGGAAGAGGAGAAGGAGGAAGAGGAGAGCGAGGAUGAUAGUGACUGAGGGGAUGAGGUGGAUCUCAAAACAGGUCCUCACUGGUCAAGUCUUGCUUCCUGGGCUGGAUCCCCAGAGGCUAUGAGUUUAUCACACCCUCUUGGACUUGGACGGCACAAGGAGAUGGGCAAAGAGAGGCUCAGGGCUGUGGGGAGGCAGAGCUGCUCGCUCUACUGGUGUGAGACAAGCCCACAGCUGGGGCAAGAUGGCACAGACACAGGUGUAUACCAACCAGGGCUUUAAUAUAAAUACAACCAGCAUAGAAAAACAAACCAACAGUACACAUACACCAGAACCAAAAUGCCAAGUGGUGGGGACAAAAGGCAGGUUUCUGACCCUUUGGCUCAGCCAUCCCCCAAAUAAAAUCAAAGACAAAUCAAGAAAAAGAGAGUCAUACUAAGCUGUGGGAGGAGACAGUGUGUGUGUGUGUCACACAGAGAAAGGCCUCUGGGCUGUGGGGGAGAGGGCAAGGUCCCUCACUACAACUUAGCCAGAUCUGAGUUGUCUCCGAGCGAGCGCGCUGGGGCUGUGCCCCAGCUGGGAGGCUGUGUCAGGACUAGGGCAGGGCCCAUGCUCCUCCCGUUUUGGGGGAUCAGAUGGUGGCUGCCCAGACCUGCUGGGUUGGGGACUGACACAGGCUCUGCCUACUUGUUCAGGCAGCCUGUAGAGGAUGGGGUUACUGCUUCACCAUGGUACCCGCCUCAGCUCCAGCAGGCCACAGGACGCUGGCCCCAGGCUCGCUCACUGCCCCCGCCGAGGAGAAGAGGCUGGCCCCAGACUCACUCAGCGUCUCCAGCAGCCGUGCAGACACGGCAUCCUUGGCCACCUCGUGCCCAUCCUGCCCUCCCAUGUUGAGCACAACCCAGAUGAAGCCACUGAAGGGCACUGGAUGCCCAGGGAUCACCACCUGGUACCAGAAGUGGUGCCAGCCAGCAGGGCCCGUGCCCAGGCACUUGGUGAGGAACACUGGGCUACCCAGCUUCAUCCGUUGGCACAGCAGCUGCAAGGCAGUUCGAGCCCCUUGGGACGCUAGCUUGUCCCUAGCGAGGGCCAACCCGCUGCCUUCUGGCUGUAAGCACUUCAGCGAGGGCCCGGCAAGCUGCUGGCGAAGUCGCUGCUUCACGUCUGGCUUGAGCCACUCCACAGUCACCUGCUCUCCACAGAGGCGGGACUGCCCUGUAGGAGAGAGGCAGAGACAAGGACAGGUCUUAGCCCUGCACCCAAGCCCCAGCCCCUGUGAGUCCUUAGGAAUCAAGUCACACAAUUACCAGGUGGUGUGACCUCUGGCAAAAUAAAUAAGGCUUCAUUGUGUUUGUAAAAAGGGUGCAGUAACAGCUACCUUCUAAAUUUUCUUGGAGAGUACUGAUCUGAUGCUGUCUUCACUGCAUCACCAUAAAACUAACCUUUGCUGUGAAUACUUGCCAAGAAUCAAGGAAUGUGCUAAGUAUUCAGCUUAGUUCUCACAACAGACGGCAGUCUCAGCAGGACUGCCUCGGGCAAGUCCCCUUCUUUGAAGACAAUCUUCCCUAGAGAGAGAGCACUAUAGUUUUCAUUGGAAUGUUGAGGGUGGCAACUGAGUUUAGGUAAGUGGUAUAGUACCAUUGGAAAUGUUAAAAGCUGAGUUCAAAUAAAUAGUAUAAAGAUGCGAAUUCGGGCAUUCUUGACCGUAAGAUCUUUCUACUUUGCCGGCCCUACGGACAAGUGGAGAGGUCAAGUUCCUGGCAGAAUACCGUUGCUCCAACCAGCGGCCCCCAGCAGCCUCUUACCCCUACCUUCCAUCAGCGCCUUCUUGGCCAUGGCCGCCGCGCGGUGCGAGCUGAACUUGAGCAGCGCCAUCUGCGUGAGCGCCAGGCCGGGGCUGGGCAGCAGCAGCGCCUCCUGGAGGCCCGGCCCCAGCGGCUGCAGCGCCAGCAGCAGCGCGCGGCGGGUCAGGGCGCGCGGCAGCCCGUCCACGCUCAGCUCGCACUUCUCGGUGCUGAGGCACACGAGCAGCGGGCAGGCGGGCCGCAGCGGGUGGUUGUGCAGCGCGGCGAUGGCGGCCUGGGCGCCGCGCCGCGAGCAGUAGCGGGCGUAGGCGAAGCCGCGGUUCAGGCCGCUGAAGGUCAUCAUCAGGCGGAACUCGUAGAGGCGGCCGGCGCGCUGGAACAGCGGGAUCAGCUGGUGCUCGUACACGUCCUGGGGCAGCCGGCCGAUGAACACCUCCGAGCCCGGCGGCGGCGGGCUGCCCACCCAGCCUGGGGGAGGGGGCAGGGUGGGGGAGGCACCGUCACCCACCGGGAUGUCCCGGGUUUGGGCCCAGGAAUCCGGGGCGGGGGGGGGGGGGGAAGGAGGGAUAUCAUGUGAGCGCGCAUCUGGGAAAUGGGUACAACCACCGUGCCCCGAGUCGUUGGCUUAAUUGGGUGAUUAAAUUAAAAUGGGGCUGGCACAGAGGAAGCGCACCUUCCACUGGCUCCUUGGACCUUCGAGGGGGCGGGCGCGCCUGCUGGGGGAGGGGUGAGCGGGGAGUUGGGGCUUCUGAUUACGGAGACUCGGAGCGGCCGCCUCCCCCAAGGCCAAGGGGCUGGUCCGGGCCGGCGCGGCGCCCCAGCAGGCGUACCUGGGGGCGGCCCGCCGUACUUCCUCUGCCCGUUCACUUGCACCAGGCGGACACCCGUCUCCCUGACCCAGGCCUCCAGCGCCGCCUUGUUCUCCGGGUUCACCCUCUCACACCACAGCUGGCGGGGAAAGGCCGGGUCGGAAUGGCGGAUGGCCGCGCCCGCCCCCACCUCGCCCGGUGCUCCGGGGGCCCCGCUCCCCGCACAGGGGGUGCUCGCCCUCGCCCCUCGCUGGCAGACACCCACCUCGUACUCCCGCUUGGACUGCAUGGCUCCGGCGUCGGCGUGGCGGUGCUCCCCUUUAUAACCUCCUCCCUACCUGCCUCUGGAAGCUUCCCUGCCCCUCCACCUCCCCAGCCCGCAUUGGCUCCGAGCGCGACCCCGCCCCCCGGGGGGGUGGGAGGAUCCGCCGCACGUGCGCCGAGACCCUCAGGUGAAAGCUGGAAACCCUGGUGGGCGAGUUCCCAGGCAGACUUGGCCCCUAAGGGAUGGCCGCACACCCACGGAAGAAGAAGGACGCAGGGGGCACCCUUCACCCCGGGGCAGGAGCCUGCUGUAAGUCUUUCUCCCCAUUUCCCACCGCCAGAGCGGUCAGACUGCCAGGGAAGGAAGGCCUUGGCUCUAGCGACACAGACAGGGCACCAGUGGUUGAGAUAUUUUAUUGCACCUUUGGCAACGGGUUGUGGGGAGCAGUGCCUCCUCCUGUGUGGGGCCCUGCAGAGAAGGCCAGUUCGGCCUGGUCCUUGUAGCCUAGGAGCCAGGCGGGACUGAGCUCCCAGGGCUUCCUAUGGAAAUGGCACAGUAAAAUGACCUGUGAUUAUCAAUAAAAUAAUAA